AUGGUAUCCGUUGAAUUUUUGAAAGAAUUACCUAAAUGUGAGCAUCACUUACAUUUAGAAGGUACAUUAGAACCAGAUUUAUUAUUCCCACUAGCAGAAAGAAACCAUAUCACUCUUCCACAAACUUUCCCACAAACAGUGACUGAAUUAAAUGAAAAAUAUAAAUCAUUCCGUGAUUUACAAGAUUUCUUAGAUUAUUAUUAUAUUGGUACAAAUGUCCUUAUCAAAGAGGAAGACUUCUUUGAUUUAGCAUGGGCAUAUUUUCAAAAAGUACAUAAGCAAGGUCUUGUUCAUGCCGAAGUAUUCUAUGAUCCACAAUCACAUACAUCAAGAGGUGUAACCAUCGAAACAGUGACGUUGGGAUUCCAAAGGGCUUGUGCAAAAGCUCAAUCAGAAUUAGGAAUUUCGUCUAAAUUGAUCAUGUGUUUAUUAAGACAUAUCGAACCUGAAGAAUGCUUACAAACGGUAAAAGAUGCCAAAAAGUUCAUUGAGGAUGGAACUAUCUCAGGUCUAGGGUUAGAUUCAGCAGAAAGACCAUUCCCACCCAACUUAUUCAUUGAAUGUUAUGAGACAGCCAAGAGUUAUAAUAAAGAUUUGCAAUUAACCGCACACGCUGGUGAGGAAGGUUCAGCACAAUUCGUUGCAGAUGCUUUAGAUUUAUUAAACGUAACGAGAAUUGAUCAUGGGAUUAAUAGUAUUCAUGAUGCUGAAUUGAUUCAACGUUUAGCUAGCGAACAAAUUAUGUUGACUGUAUGCCCGUUGUCCAAUGUUAAGUUACAAGUUGUUAAAUCCGUUAAAGAACUACCAUUACAAGAAUUUUUAGAUAAUAAUGUUCCAUUUUCUUUGAAUUCAGAUGAUCCCGCUUAUUUCGGUGGGUAUAUCUUAGAUAACUAUAUACAGGUUUCCAAAGAUUUCCCUGAUUGGAAUUAUGGUACUUGGGGCCGUAUUGCAAAGAAUGCUAUCAAUGGGUCCUGGUGUGACUCUAAGAGAAAGCAUGAAUUGUUGGAUAAAGUCGAUGAAGUCAUCUCCAAAUAUUCAUUGGGGUCAAAUUAG